AUGCAUGUUAAUUACCCUCCUCCAAGAGGUUAUGAUAAUGGUCUGGUUGGAGCUUAUCCAUGUGGCGGUUUGAGUUCGAUCAACGCGUCCACAAUUACAACCUUCCCUCUAACGAAGGGUAAUGUCUCACUUAGAUUCGGAGAUGGAGAUGGAACGCUUACUUUAUACUUCGCCAAUAAUUCAAAUGGCACCUUCAUCCAAGUGUCAGAUAACGAAACGCUUAGUGUUCCUGCCGGCGGGCAAAACGUGACUGUCAAACCCGAUUUAAGCAAGGCCAAUGCUACAGUUGGAACCUUGGGUGUUCUUCAAGCUGUCUUUGCUCGUGCCAAUAAUAACGGUAGUUGGUAUGCGUGCUCCGAUAUUAGUGUAAUCAGUGAUGAUUCCCUGGAUAAGAAAAGUGGUGGAAUUCCUUUUGCUGUCCCACAGAGUGUAGAACCUCCAGCAAGAGGUACUGUUGAAGUCCAAGAACCGAAUCCUCCAUGUGGUGGUUUUAAUGCGGUCAACAGUGCCAAAAUUACCAAUUUUCCUGUUUCACAUGGUCAAGCCACAGCUAACUUUGAAGAUGGUGAUGGCACUCUUAUUUAUUAUUUCUCCAGUUCUUCAAACGUUACAAACGCCACCAGUUUUAUUCAAGUAUCAGACCCUCAAAGUCUUACGAUUCCUAAUAGUGGUAAACAAGUAACCACACUGAUUGACCUAUCUAGGGCCAAGGCGGUUAUUGGAACCAGUGGUGUUCUUCAAUCCGUUUUUAACACAUCCACCGAGACUUGGUAUCAAUGUGCUGAUAUCAAGAUAUCUGGAGCUAUUAACAUGUCACCAUGUACCGACGGAAUACUUCUCUUAAUCGGCUUGGUCUCCGUCCUCACCUACUUUAUCUAA